AGCCGACCGGCUCAGCUGUCUCUAAGACAUCAAGGCACCCAUCAGCUAGUUGCUGCCAGUGAAAACGGAGGAGCGCACCAGCAAGCAACACUCAAUGGAUUAUACAAAGUAAAUCAAGAAAAAGGCUGUGUUGAUGCCAAUCCGAACCAAGAAGAGAGAAAGAAAGCACAUUACAGAUUACAGUUCAUUCAACCCGAGGCGGAUUCGUCUUGCUGUCCACAGAUGAAUUUUGAUCAGCCGCCUCCUUAUGGGGGCCCUGGCCCCUCUGCCCCAGGAUACCCUGCCCCUACAGCACCUGGGUAUCCAACCCCCAUGGCCCCUGUGUACCAACCCCAAGGGUUCCCAGAUCAGGGAUAUCCAGCCCAGGGAUACCCUGCUACGGGUUAUCCACCCACAUAUCCAUCCGACCCUAACUUCCCCCCAGGACCCCCAGGUUUAUACCAAGGGCAGCCAGGUUACCAGGGUUACCAGAUUCCGCCUCAGCCACAGUUAGGAUGGCAGGAUACACCCCCUGGUGCACAAAUGUAUGGAGAAGCCCCUAAGAACACAGUGUAUGUGGUGGAGGACAGGAGUCGAGAUGGCGGAGGCGGAGGGGAGCACGUCUGUCUCACAGCCUGUUGGACGGCCCUUUGCUGCUGCUGUUUGUGGGACAUGAUGACCUGAUCACUGAACAUGGCGAGACGAGACCUCACUGUUACCUCACCAUGUCCUCCCCAGAGAAAUCUACCACGGUGUAAAACCGUCAGGAAGUUAACUGAUCUUUUACUUCCUGUCUCUUUGUCUUAUUUGUUGUAACUUUAUUAUGCUCGCUAAAUUGUUGCACAUGUGACUUUGUACAUCAUACGGCAACUAAAAACCUAGCCUGAACACUCAAAGUACUAAAGCUAACUUUUUUAAAAUAUAGAAAUAUUGACACAUCUUCACCGAAGAGAAAUAUAUAAAUCAAUGUUGAAUAAUCGGUCUUAAUAAUUAACAGUUUAUAUUUAAUUAUAUUUUUAGUUUUUUUCAUAUUAGAGACGUUGGAAACAUACUUUUAUCUUUCAUCACCACCUUUAAAUAUUUGCUUUUUAUGGUAAAGAAAACUAGACUGAACAAAAAUAUAAACGCAACAUGUAAAGUGUUGGUCCCAUGUUUCAUGAGCUGAAAUAAAAUAUCCCAAAAAUUUUCCAUACACACAAAAAGCUUAUUUCUCAAAUUUUGUCCACAAAUGUGUUUAUAUCCUGGCCAAGAUAAUCCAUCCACCUGACAGUUGUGGCAUAUCAAGAAGAUGAUUAAACAGCCUGAUCAUUACACAGCUGCACCUUGUGCUGGGGACAAUAAAAGGCCACUCUAAAAUGUACAGUUUUGUCACACAACACAAUGCCACAGAUGUCUCAAGUUUUGUCAACCAGAGCUGUUGCCAGAGAACUGAUUCAUUUCUCUACCAUAAACCUCAUCCCAACAUUGUUUUAGAGAAUUUGGCAGUAUGUCCGACUGGCCUCACAACCACAGACCACGUGUAAUCACUGCAGCCCAGGACCUCCACAUCUGGUUUCUUCACCUGCAGGAUCAUCUGAGACCAGCCACCCAGACAGCUGAUGAAACUGAGUAUUUCUGUCUGUAAUAAAGCACUUUUGUGGGGAAAAACUCAUUCUGAUUGGCUGGGCCUGGAUCCCCAGUGCGCCCCUGCCCAGUCAUGUGAAAUCCAUAGAUUAAGGCCUAAUGAAUUUAUU